AUGAAUGUGAGCAGAGACAAGGUCGGUGACAUCUCCAUCCCGGCAGCGGCAGCCGCGGCGGUGACAGCCCCGGCGGCCGGCAUCGGCGGGGAGCCCCGCGGCUGCCACGGGGAAGGGAUGGACGGCCGCGGGGAGCAGCGGCUCUCGGCCGGCGGCGAGCUGCCGCUCUACUGCCCUGCCAACCGGGACAGGCAAGGGGACAGCCAGAGCAACACCCCCGGACAAGAGGGGGCAGUGGCCGCGCUGCCCAUGGUGCACAGAACCACCUCCUUCUCCGUGCUCGACAUCCUGGACCCUAACAAGUUCAACAGCAAGCGGCGGCACUGCGCGGGCUUGUACAAAUCGGCGGGGACCGAGUUCGCUCUGGGGGCGGAGGAUAAACCCGAGGACUCAGGGACGGAGCUGGCCGAGCAAAAGGCUCUCGCCGAAGAUUUCGACGCGUGCAAGAAGUCCGCAGAGCUGAUCAAGGACGGGGAGCUCUACAAGGCCGAGGAGUGUGACCUGGACUACAGCAGCCGGCCGAGCCGCAGCCCCGACAGCGAGCUGCCGGACGACGAGGAGCUGUGCAGCGAGGAGAGCGGCAGCACCAGCGGCAGCAGCGGCAGCAGCGGCAGCUCCGGCCCCGCGGCGCCCGGGGAGCCCGAGCCGGGCCCGCUCCGAGCCGAGGCGGCCGAGGCGGGGAUCGUCCCUCCCCCGGCGCCCCCUCCGCCGCCGCCGCCGGCGCCCGUCGGGGCUCAGCCCGGCCCGCAGGCCAAGCCCAAGAGGAAGCGGACGGGCUCGGACUCCAAGUCGGGCAAGCCCCGGCGGGCGCGGACAGCCUUCACCUACGAGCAGCUGGUGGCGCUGGAAAACAAGUUCAAAUCCACGCGGUACCUGUCGGUCUGCGAGCGCCUCAACCUGGCGCUGUCCCUCAGCCUCACCGAGACGCAGGUGAAGAUCUGGUUCCAGAACCGCCGCACCAAGUGGAAGAAGCAGAACCCGGGCGCCGACACCAGCGCUCCCACGGGCGGGGGCGGCGGCGGCGGGGCGGGGGCCGGGCUGGGCGGCGGAGCGCUGCCGGGGGGGCUCAGCCCCCUCAGCCACUCGCCGCCCAUGGGAACCCCGCUCUCCAUGCACGGCCCCGGCAGCUACGCCGGGCACCCGGCCGGAGGCUUGGUGUGCGCCGCCCAGCUGCCCUUCCUGCCCAGCCCCGCCGUCCUCUCGCCCUUCGUCCUGGGCUCCCAGACUUACGGCGCUCCGGCUUUCUACACUCCGCACCUAUAAGCCCGAGGCUCCUUCCUCCUCCUCCUCGCUCCCGGCUCCUUCCCGCUGUGCCCGCCGCCCCUCCGAGGAUCGCCCGGCCGGGCCCUGGGGCCGCUCACCGCACGAACCCCGCACCCGAGGGGUGAAACCAAGAAGCGACCGGGGGAAAGGGACAGCCCCGUGUUCCUGCGACCCACCCGGGGGGGUGAAAGGAGCCAGGGGCUCCCGGGACCCCGCGGGAGGCUCCCACACCCUCGGGCCUUUCUACGACCCUUUUUGUACGCGAUGUGUCCGGACUGCGCUGCUGAGGGAAGGAGGGGGAGAAACCUCCCUCCCCCGUGUACAUACAAGUAGAUGUAAAUCAUCGUUACCCGUUAUUUUUAUUUUCACCGUCCCUCGUUGCUAUGUGGGUUUGGUUAAUUUAAUAAUUAUUAUUAAUAUUAUUUGCCUUUGUUUUUAUUCUGGUCUGGCCACUAGCGAAAGACUUUAAAAGAAUAAUAAUAAUGAAAAAAAAAAUAUUAUGUACCCAUUUGACUCUCAGGGUAAGACGGAGAACCAUCGGUCCUGUCCCUCGACAAUGCAGAAGCAAAGAUGCGCCGCUCCCUGUCACGGUGACCAGGGAUAUUUUUUACAGGCAUCACUGUCCAUCCACCCCCGAGCGGGGCCGGGGCUCCUGCCCUGGUAAGGGCGGCAAGAGCGGCUCCUGGGGUGCAGGGCUGUUUUUUACGUUAAUAAUUUCUGUAUAUUUCUGGUUGUUACGAGGAAAAAAAAAAAAAAAAGUUUAAACUUUAUAAUUAAUGUAUAAGACGAGGGAGUAAUGAGCAAGGGGUGAUUAAAGAGAGCACUUUGUUUGCUAAACACUUUAAAUCAAUCAAUAAACUCUAAAGAAACGGCGCUUUCCGCGGUGGCGACUCCCUGGUUUUCGGGUGAAUCUUUGUAAGACGAGUUUCCUCUGGAAAACGCCUGCCUCAUGAGACGCUCGGAGGGAUGUCUUGCAUCAAUCAUUCUUUUUCU